AUGCUCUACAUCGGGCAAUACAACCUGACUAUGAAUGACCGGCUCUGGUCACGACUUUUGUACGAGAAAAUCGCGCAUGAUGUAUCCAGUCACGAAAGCAUGUCACGGAUCUUAUCGCGCUUACGGUCGCUGUCGACUGCACAAUGCUGCGCAGAAGACUGUGCCCAGGCUAUAAGUACUGCCUUGAUCUCAUACAAGGGCCGCGCUUGGGUUGCACAGAAUCUGAAAAGUGUCAUGCAUUGGGCUGAAAGUAUGGAUGAUUUUGGCAUCAUGGUGUUAGGCGCCUGGCUUGGCUUGAGGGACCUUGUAAGGGUGCUUCUGGGCAACGGAGUACUGGGUGAUAAGAGUCACGAAUACCUUGGCAGUGCCAUGUAUGCUGCUGCAUUCAAUAAUGAUGAGCUCCUGGUAGAGCUCCUCCUGGACCACGGUGCUGGUGCUUGGAAGAUGGACGGUGUUUAUGGCGAUGCCUUACAACUCGCAGCCUAUAAGGGGUCAAAGACCGUAGCACGACGUCUUUUGGAAACCCGCGUAUCUAAAGAGGCAUCUCCCAACACUUACGGGUAUGGACCAUAUGGUAGCCCUCUGGGAGCGGCGGCUGCAGCGGGACAUGACGAUAUUGUUCGACUCUGUCUGAAAUGGCAUAGGGAUCCAAGACAGCUAGGUCCUCAUCUACGGACUCCAUUAUUCUACGCAGCAAGAAGCGGAAGGGCCGGAGCUGCUAAGAUACUCUUAGACGGUGGGGAGAUGAGACCUAAUUUAGAUGAUGACUUCAACGAUACCCCAUUGAGUGUCGCUGUGGAGUAUAAUCACGAAGACGUUGUUUCUGUACUCCUGAGCAGCGACAAAGUUAGAGCCGAUUACCCAGGAGUACAACAUGGCAAGCUGACCCCACUCCAGACCGCGGUCGUAAAAGGGUACACGAAUAUCGUCCGGAUGCUCUUACCUCGUUGUCAUGUUGAAGUCGGAGAACAGGAGGAUAAGAAAUCUCCAAUCAUCAUGGCUGCGCUGAAAGGCAAUACGGAGAUAGUGAACCUGUUCCUUACAAAGGAUAAAGCCCCCUAUGUACAACAUUUUCUUCCAUGGGUGGCGUCUCGCGGCCUUACUAAGAUGGUCAAACUGGCAUUGGACUCACAGAUACUCGAUCCAAAUAGCCAUGAUGCGGAGUUCAGGACCGCUCUACAUCAUUCAGUAGGCCGGCGUCAUUACGACCUGGUAAAACUCCUGCUUCAGCACAACGACACGAGUCCAAAUCGCGAGGAUCGCAAAGGCCGAACUCCACUGAUACUCGCAAUAGAGAGCGGAGACCAAUUCCUAUUCCGCCUUCUGUUAGACGAUCCAAGGACGUGUAUCGGCAUUAGCAAUUUUGAGGGCAUGACCCCACUUCAUGUUGCAUGUAAACACGGAUUAUCAACUUUCGUGGCAAGUAUACUGGCCCGAGAAGAUGUGAACGUAAACGCCCUAGACGAGCACAGGAAAACACCAUUCUAUCAUGCCGUUGUCUCCAAAAGCGCAGACACAAUACAAUUAAUGCUCGAAAACGAGAACACUGAUCCUAAUCAGCCAGAUAACAACCAAGGGGAGACACCCCUGUAUAUAGCGGUCAGGGACGGUCGCUGCGAGCUAGCUAUGAUGCUUAUCCAGAGAUACAAUGCAUGCCCGAACUGCUGGUGUGUCGAAUACCUAGCAACGCCGUUAAUGAUCGCGGCUGUUCGCGGUGAUCUUGACCUCAUGUCUGUCUUAUUAGAAAAGACACUGGAUAUAAACGUACCGAACAACCGUGGACGCACUGCGCUUGGUAUUGCAGCAUCCCACGCGCAAGCAGAAGCUGCACUCAUGCUUCUUCAGCAUCCCGAUAUCGACGUACAUCAUCAGGCCGUAGACGGGACGACGGUUUUCUUAAUGGCGGCUCGUGGAGGCCAUCUGGACAUUCUGAUAGAUCUGUUAGCCAAGGGUGCUCAUCCCGGUAUUGCCAACUCUAUGGGAGAGACACCUAUCUACGUCGCUUCAGAGAAUGGCCACUAUGAGGCUGUUAUGCUGCUACUAGAGCGGGCCGAUGUGUUCCCCGAUCAACCCACAUAUUACCAUGAAACGCCAUUGUCAGUGGCGGCCCGCAGGGGGUACGUAAGUAUAGUGCGCCUGUUACUCGAACAAGGGGGUGUAGAUUUCAAUCCGGACUGUCCGUGGUCUCAGAAACUGCUCUCCAUGGUCAAUAAGUCGACCAUUAUGGAACUUCUACUGGAUGCUAGUGAGAGAUUCGUGGAGGUGCCCUAA